AUGGCACUGACGCAGCAGGUCCGCCUUGCCUCCACGACGUCGACCCCCUCCACUACAGCCACAGCCACGUCGAUCGCCGCAGAUGCAGGAACACAUAUCUAUAAGUCGCGGUAUCCCUCGGUGAUGGACAGAGUGAACACGGAGAGAACCCUCUACGAGUACCUCAUAAAGCGUAUAAAGGCGAAGGACCCGAAGAAAAUCGCUGCGGUGCAGGCGGAAAACGGCAAGGAGCUAACAUACUCCAAGGUUAUUCAGGCCACGGACUGGUGCGCGCGAGCGCUGUACCAUCACGCCAAGGUCCGCAAGGGCGAUGUGGUGUGCCUGUGCAUGCUGAACACUAUUAUUUACGGCCCUGUAGUGUACGGUGCGUUGCGCCUCGGCGCCCUCGUCUCCCCGGUGAACGCAAUCGCAGAGCCAUCGCUUCUCGCAUACUUCAUAACAGAGGCCAACGCCAAGGUCAUUCUCGGCAUGCGUUAUUUCCGCAAGCAGCUUGAGGAGGCCGUCGCCAUUGUGGCGAAGGACACGGGCAGGAAGGUGGCUAUCCACUACCCGGAGGAAUUCUUCAAGAGAUGGUACAUCUGGCCUGUGCCGCGCAGCUACGAUGGGCUGAAGGGCGCCUCCCUCGACGAUACCGUCGUCAUCCCCUUCUCCAGCGGCACGGGCGGCUUGUCCAAGGGUGUGAAGCUGUCGAAUCGAGCACUCAUCGCCAACUCGGAGCAGCUGGGGGCGGCCUUCGAGUUCUCGCCGGACGAUGCGGGCAUCAUGAUCCUGCCAUUCUUCCACAUCUACGGCUUCACUGCCUGUCUCAACGCCGGCUACGCCCACGGCGUGAUGCAGAUCGUCAUGUACAAGUACACCGUCGAGGACUACGUGCGCGCGAUUGAGAAAUACAAGGCGACGAUCAACCUCGUCGCCCCGCCGAUCCUCAUCUCACUGCUCAAGAACGCGGACAAGGUGAAGCAGACGAACCUGUCGUCGCUCAAGCGCUUCUGCUGCGGGGCAGCCCCGCUCGGCCCCGAGACGGUGGAGGCGAUAGAGAAGAUGCUGCCCAGCGUGUCCGUCACGCAGGCCUACGGCAUGACGGAGAUGGCGCCAGCCGUGACGGUGCCCAAUGGGCUGAGGCACAAGGUGCCAGGUGCCUGCGGUGUGCUUGUGGCGGACACGGAGCUGCGCAUCGUGAAGGUGGACGACAGCCAGCAGAGCGGCACAGACAAGUCUUCCGGCAUCGACGCAGAGCCCGGCGCGGAGGGUGAGGUGUGGGUGCGUGGGCCGCAGAUGAUGAAGGGCUAUUUGCGCGAUGAGGACACGAUCAUGUGCAUGCAGGACGGCUGGUACCGCACUGGCGACAUCGGCAAGUUCGACGCUGAGGCCGGCGAGCUCGUCAUCACGGACCGGCUGAAGGAGCUGAUCAAGUACAAGGGCUUUCAGGUGUCGCCGGCUUCCCUGGAGGCGCUCUUGCUGACGCACCCGUGGGUGAAGGACUGCAUGGUGAUUGGCGUGCCGGACCCGCGCGACGUGAGCUUCGAGAACCCGCGUGCGCUUGUAUCUCUCCAACCGUCCGUAUCUCCCAAGGACGCCGUCCGUGCGUCGGACGAGCUGUACCGCUUCGUGAUGUCGCGCAUGCCCCCGCACAAGCGGCUGCACGGCGGUGUGCGCAUUGUGAGUGAAGUGCCGCGCAACUUGUCGGGCAAGCUGCUGCGUCGUCAGGCCCGCAAGGAUGAGGCGGAGCUGAUUAAAGCACAGAUGGAGAAGGCGAGCGCGACCAAGCCGAAGUCAGCGAAGGAGGCGGCGAACGCCUCCGCCUCGGAUUGA